UAAUCACCCUUCAUACAACAGCGCCGCGCGACAUAUAUUGCGCAACAGAGGCGAUUUCUGGCCUCCGCCUCCUCGCACGCUUCUCUAACCAGACCAGACCAGACCAGCCAUUCAUCCAGCGUUUGCUGAAACUGCAGCAUUCCCACAGAAGCCCUCGGAGAGCAGCGAUGUUUUCCUGCAGAGCGGCCUGGCAAAGGUGUGGGCCUGUGGCGCGGAGAGCAGCCUACAGGUUGCCCCGGGAUGUUGUGCAGCAGCGACCGAUGUCCUCACUUCCUGGUGGGUCUGGGGAGAACAUAGUCUACACCCUGCUGUGUGGUGGAGCUUUUGUCGGUGCCGUGUCAUACGCAUACAACACUGUGACCUCAGACAACGCCCGGUUCAAUAAUCGUGUGGCACAAAUCAAUGCCAGACCAAAGACAGAGUGGGUACCUAAACCAUGGCCACCUAAGAGCAGGGAUGAAGAAGAGGCAGGAGAGGAGGAGGAAGAAGUGGCAGCUGAGGAAGCCAGUGGAGAGGCUGAGGUUGGCGAAGAGGAGGCUGGGGAAGUUGCUAAUGGCGAGGCUGAGACUGUAGAGGAGGCAGUCGCAGAGGCAGUCGCUGAGGCCGCUGAGGUUGUUGCUGAGGUGGCAGAGGGCAUUGCCGAGGCUGCGCACGAAGUGGAGACAGUUGCAGAAGAAGUGGCUCAAGCGGCCAAAGCUGUUGAGGAGGCUGCUGAGGCUGUUGCAGAACCGGCCGCUGUCGCUGCUGAGGAACCCGAAAGCAACGUGGCCCUGGCAGCUGCCUCUGCCGUAGAGGUACCAAAAAUAACUGAAGUCAGUGAAGAAUUGGCACCCACUGUUGAAGACAUCAAAGAGUCUGUGGCACCAGUAGAGGCACAGCCUGUUGAAGACAUUGCACCAGUUGAGGAGGCCCCUGCACCCACAGAAGAGGCCCCUGCACCUGUGGAGGAGGCUGUUGCACCAGUAGUAGAAGCCCCUGCACCAGCUGAAGUUACACCAGCAGAAGAAUCUACUGCUCCAGCAGAUGAGGCAGCUGCACCUGUGGAGGUUGCACCAGUGGAAGAGGCCCCUGCACCAGUAGAAGAGGCCCCUGCACCAGUGGAGGUUGCACCAGUAGAAGAGGCUGCUGCACCAGCAGAAGACACCCCUGCACCAGUGGAGAUUGCACCAGUAGAAGAGGCCCCUGCACCAGUGGAGGCUGCACCAGCAGAAGAGGCCCCGGCACCAGUGGAGGCUGCACCAGCAGAAGAGGCCCCUGCACCAGUGGAGGCUGCACCAGCAGAAGAGGCCCCGGCACCAGUGGAGGCUGCACCAGUAGAAGAGGCCCCUGCACCAGUGGAGGCUGCACCAGCAGAAGAGGCCCCGGCACCAGUGGAGGCUGCACCAGUAGAAGAGGCCCCUGCACCAGUGGAGGCUGCACCAGUAGAAGAGGCCCCGGCACCAGUGGAGGUUGCACCAGUAGAAGAGGCCCCUGCACCAGUGGAGGCUGCACCCGUUGUUGAGGAAGCCCCUGCACCAGUAGAUGCUGCGUCCGUGGUAGAAGAGGCCCCAGUAGAAGUUGCAGCAGCCCCUGUUACAGAAGCAGCGAGUCCUGUGGUGAAAGAAGGAGCUGCAGGCUCUGCGGAGAACCCAGAAGGUCCCAAGAGAGAGUACAUUGUUGUGGUUCUGGAAGGAACACCUGAAGUUGAAAAACGGCCCAAGGUGCUGGGAGUGGGAUCCAUGACCGGUAGACUCAUCCCAGCCCCAGAUGAUGAUGAUACCCCUGCUUCUGAGGGUAAACGGCGUCUUCUUAGGAUGCAAAUGCAGUAGUUCCAUGUAAGUGAACAGCUCUUGAAAGAUGACUUCAGUCCUGCAGAAGAAGAGGAUGUGCCUUUACCCAACACUUUUCCUUCCUCCCUUUACCUGUAAAACUGCAAGGGACUAAUAUGUAGUUCCAGUGUAAAGAUACAAAUACAGCACCAUGUUUAGAUUAAUGCCUGCUUUAUGGAACUGUCAUCCCAACAUAUUGGCAGUGCCCAUUAUUGUGACACUCCACACUGACUUUCAUGUCUUGACUCUCUUGUCCUAGAUGAGCCCAGUCAGUAGUUGAACACAUCUCUGGUUUAUCUGUUAGUAUCCCCAGUAACAGUUCUUCGUUAACUUCAAAGAAUUGCAACCUGUUUACUGCUGAGGACAAAACUGAGCCAUUCACUCACCCUUUUUCUUACUGUUACACAGUUUACUGCCUCAAAUCACUCCAGUGGAAUAUUUGAUACACCUCACAAUGUCCUGUUGAAGAGGGAAUGCUGGUAUUUUUUAACCUGGACCCUAUAUUCCCAUUUUUUGUGUCUUAAGUGACCAAUGAGAACAGCAAUUUUGAAAGUGGUCCAGUAUUGAGAGACUGCUGCAGGCUACAAUGCAACUACUUGUUGCAGGAGUCAGUUUAUGCUCACUGUAAGUGCUUUUUUGCCACUGACAGGAUCAGUUUGUUAUCAGUGUCUGACAACAGUAUGGAAAGGACUCUACAAAGAAAUUAAAUGUUUUUCUGUAGCUUUUGCUUUCUGCAGUCUGUUUUGUGUCCAAGUCUCAAUCUGAAAUCUCAUGAGGUGACUCGUGCAGGAAGAAAACAGUGGAAAUGCAAGUGAGGGUUGGAGAGAGGAGUGCCGGUAAUGGUGUGUUGUGAUGGGGUACAGAAAAAGGAUCUCACUCUUAUCUAAAAGUUUUAAUGUCACAACUAAAUAAUUACCUGAUUUCCACAAUAUGAAAAAAUUCAAGAGAUUUCAGAACGAUACCUUUUGUAAAGAACAGACAAACGUUUAAUUUCUCUGUAGGGUCCUUUCCGUAAUGUUGUCAGACACACAGCCUGUCAGUGGCAAAACCAAACACCUUGACUGUUUUGCCACUGCCGGCUGCAGCUCUCUCUCUCAAUACAGCACCAUUUUUAAAAGUUGUUGUUCCUGCGUGUCACUUGGGCACAAACAAGAGAAAAUAGGCUCCAGGUUGAAAAAUACCAGUGUUCCCCUUUUAACCCAGUCUCUCCCCAGUUACUUAGAGUGUGAAGCCAAGUGUUAUCUUUUAAAGAAGCAAGGGGUGUUUUUAUCCACCAGCAUUCUUUACAGUACCUUACCUCAGGUUUCUCCUCUGCUUCUCUUUGUGUGACGAUGAACAGCUGGAAACACGUGCUGUGGUUUCUUUUUUUUUGAAGGAACACUCUGUGCACAGACUUAACAGCCCAUAUGCAGCAGCCACCUUGCUACCUCACUGUUCUUGUGUUUUCAGUCUUUAAAAGGACACUCCAGACCUCCUCUUGAUGCAGUCACAGUGUUACAGUUCCUAAGCCAACAGCACAGUUGCUAAGCCACUGACUUCAGUAAGCACAUUAUUUUUCAGAAGCUGUAAUUUGAUCACUUUAACUUAUCCUGUACAAUGAAAUAAGGCAAACAUAUGUGGAUUUCCCUUGACUUUUCUUCCUUUUUAAAGGGUCAUUUAACACUGAAACAGCAGGAAGCUGCUGCUGCUGCACCGCUCUCAUUCGGUUUCAACUCUAAAGCAUGUUUCACUUCUGGCCACACCUCAGUUGAUGUCACAGCAGGUCUUUUGCCCUCAACAGCUGUUGGAAAACCCCAGUUGUGACAUCAUUGAUUGGGCUGUGGCCAGACUGGAAACAAACUUUAAAAGUUGUGACCCAUGGAGAGCAGCGCAGCAGGUGUGUUCGUCUUUGUAGUCAGUGUUGAGUUACCUUUUUGGGUGAGUUUGUUCCCCCAGGUUUGCAGACAAUCUCAUUAUGUAGCGAAUGUACAAACUGAUAGGGACAUCUGCCUGAUAUGAAGUUACAAUCUCUUUUAAACUUUAAUAUAACUGAAUAUGAAUCGUGCAAAAGUCCUUCUUGUAUCCUUUUUAUUCACAUCUCCUUAUUCAUUGAUAAACUAAUAGACUGAUGAGUGUAGCUCAGCGUCAUGGGAGAAACAGUUGUGAGUGAGUUGAAUAAGAGAAGGGAUAAGAAGCAUGUUCUUUUGCUCUUUGCUUUUGUGUCCUUUUGGAGGAGCUUUUCUUGCCUUGUUCUAGCACUCUGAUCUGUAUGGAUGUGUGAUUUAAAGGCUUGCAGGAAGUCUGAACAGUGGUGAUACUGAUGUGCUAAUGUUUGAAGUAAAGUCUCCAGUGUGAAAUGCUUUGACAGCUCUGCUAUAGUCCUCUCUUUCCCGAUUCCCCCUCAGAUUUUCACGUCUCUACUGUUUAACUUCUGGAUUUGUUAGCUUUGUGUACAGUGUUUUGAAUAGAUCAGAGAUCACUGAGGAAAGAAUUGAACUCGUCUGUUGGUAUGUAUUUAAAAAUGGAUGUGUCCUUGAUGGUCGUAGGCAGGUUUCUAUAAUAGGACAUGAAAGGAUACCUUUGACUUGGUAAAGGACAGAAACUGUGACUGUUUCACACAUUACUGUUUUUCUUGUUUUUUCAAAAUAAAGAGGGAUUCAACAUGA